AUGGCCGACCACCAAGAACUUUUAGACGACCUCGUAUACUUUGCUCGUGCAGGCGAGCUUGAAGAUUUGAAGGAGGUCAAGGCAUCACCUGAGAAUUUUGUUGAAAAGGAUGAUACUGGCAAAACCGCUCUUCACAUGGCCAGUGCUAAUAAUCAUGUUGACAUUGUGAAAUAUAUUGUUGACCAACUCUCUACAUUGGAUGACAAGAAGCGCAUCGAAUUAAUCAAUACCAAGAAUGAUCAAGGCAAUACACCUCUCCAUUGGGCUGCUUUGAACGGCAACUUGGAGGUUGUUGAGAUCUUGGUGAAAGCAGGAGGUGAUUGCAAGAUCAAGAAUGAAAUGAACAUUUCGCCUAUUUAUGAAGCACAACAAAGAAACCACGAAAAGAUUGCAGAAUUCUUCUUACAGACAAUGAUUGAAGAGGAACCUGAGGAGCCUUUGGCAGAGGACGAACAAUUUGUCGAGACGGGUGUUCCUACAAAGAAGGGAGAGUUGAAGAAGGAUGAUGAAUAA